CAGUACAAAGGAAGUUACGUUGUUUGCUUCGUGGAGGUGCUUGUGUAUUUCGAGGUGUUGUUUAGUGAUUUUAUUUGACAGAUCAGAAGUGAGAGGUCUAUUUUUUCUCAAUUCAUUGCUGUUUUUAUCAAAACAGACACAAGAACAUUUGACAAGACAAGUUAACACUGAUUGAUUGUAAUGUAAGGUGCUGAAUUCCAAAUGAUCGCUAGACGUAGGAGAGUUAACUCUGGAUCUGAAAAUCGUCAGGAACAAACUUACACCAACCAGCACAGUGGGACCACUUUUGUAAGCGGGAGCCCAUCACCGGCCCCAACAGCACAUCUAGACACAGAAAUGUCAUGUCGAGACCGUUCCACUGAGUUUAUGUCCGCAGUCAAACUCCUGCAAUCACGACAGGGAAAUGGAGUCAAUCAUCAGAAACAAAAUCAUGCUCUCAGACAGAGAAGUGAAUUCACACAAAAAGCAAAAGCUGUGGGUAGAGACUUAUCCAACACAUUUUCAAAGCUUGAAAAACUCACAAUAUUGGCUAAGAGGAAAUCAUUAUUUGAUGACAAGCCUAUUGAGAUACAGGAGCUGACGUACAUCAUCAAACAGGACAUCACCAGUCUAAACAAACAAAUUGCCAUGCUGAUGGGUCUGGCCCGGUCGCAGAGCUCACAGAAUGGUCGCCACUUACAAAGUCAUUCCAACACUGUGGUCGUAUCACUACAGUCCAAACUGGCUUCAAUGUCCACAGACUUCAAACAGGUACUUGACGUACGAACAGAGAACCUGAAACAUCAAAAGUCGAGACGGGAACAAUUCUCACAGUCUGUUGGAGCCACACCAGUAGCUUCGUCAGGAUUUGGUGACCGAAGUCAGUCAGUCCUGUUACAAGACGAAGCCAACCACAUGAACGGAUCAGCCCAGGGUGGUGAUUUCAUUCUGAACAUGGACGGACAAUCAGUGGAGAAGUCUAAAUAUCAGCAGCAAAUGCAGAUCAUUGAAGAACAGGAUUCUUAUAUACAAAAUCGAGCAGAAACGAUGCAAAAUAUUGAGUCUACUAUUGUGGAAUUGGGAUCUAUAUUUCAACAAUUUGCACACAUGGUAAAAGAGCAAGAAGAAACAGUACGAAGAAUUGAUUCUAAUGUUGAGGAUACACAAAUGAAUGUGGAGGGAGCGCACAGUGAAAUUCUGAAGUAUUUUCAGUCAGUGACUUCUAAUCGAUGGUUAAUGAUAAAAGUCUUUGGUGUGGUCAUUGUUUUCUUCAUAUUCUUUGUGGUAUUCAUGGCAUAAGCAGCACCUGGACUACAGAGGAAACAAUGUUUGGACCAAGAGACUGUGAUCAGAACAAGCCAGGUAUCUUCCAAAUGUAAUGAUAGUGACUUUUGAAAACAUUAGUUUACUUGGACGAAUUCUAUCUGGAAUUAUACUGAUCAGUGUUACUCUUCUGAACAUUUUAGUGUCAAUUUACAUAGCUGUUAAUUCAUCAAAUUUGAAAGCACCAAAAAGAAUAAGGGAUGUAAUGAAUUCUUCAGCCCUUUCACAAAUGUCAGUUUGAAUUUUCACUGGUCUUGAUAUUUGGACUAGUGUAUGCUUUACAAAACUGGACUGCUCUCAAGCUAAGGGAGGUAAAUCUUGUAAGUUUCAAACAAAGAUGAUACCCAAAGCAUUCAAAAUGAUUGAGAAUCCAACAUUCUGGAUUAGAUUUAUUUAUUAAAAGUUGUAAAUUGUGCAUACAAAGAUUUAUGCAAGAAGCAUACAAACAGACGAUUGCGGUACACAGUGGACCUUUGUGGCAAAUCGUGUACAGACAUAAUUGUGGCAACACAGGACUUGCUGGUCAGUAUCCAGUGAGAGUGACACCCUGUCCAGUGGUGUGAUGACCAUUGGUCUUGUACGUAUGUUCAGUGGUGUGAUGACCAUUGGUCUUGUACAGCUACCUGCUGAACACUGUGAUCAAUCUUGAGGAUGCCUUCUGUAUUUUAUAUAUAUGGUAUCCAUGAUAUAACUAUUAAUUUCAAAUUUACAUAUUGUUCUCAGAACAAUGAAGAAUGUAAUCUUUGAAAGUUUGAAAUUCAAUGUGGAAUAAAUGUGCAAUCAUUGAUCUUG